GGCUGACCAUGACAUCAACACGUCCACGCGAGGGCAGGAGUGUACGAAAUGCAGUAGGAGGUGAACACGACCGUCUCAAGAGGGCCGUACUACAGCCUGUGCAGUGCUGGGAUAAAAAAUGGACCGAAUCCAAGAACGGAAAAGGGCUUCAAGUCUUUAAAUGGGUCAAGUGUUUUUUUAUCUUUUCUUCUUCUAUAGCGGAUCGUCAAGUUGACUUUGACGAAGAGGAUGAUGAUGAUGAGAUAGAGCAGAUUCCAGCGCCUCGUCCAGCAGAAGAGAUUGAGGAGGUUGGUACACCAGCACCUGCUCUACCAACACUUCAGGAUGUUGAUGAUACCACGGUCUCGACACCAGCACAAACAGGGGAGGAAGACGAGGAGGAUGAACCGGAAGGUCCAAUUAAACCACCGCCAUCUCAUCCUUUAUCACAAUCAUAUUCGGAACCAGAUCGAAGACCAAGUACAUCUUCUCAUCCUGGAGAGACUAAUGCUCCAUCAAAAUCAACAGCACGGGAUGAUAAUAUGAUAAGAGUCAUGCCAGUUGGUAGUGGUGUCAUUGGUAGUCGUGGUCGUGCUCAUAAUGUUGUUGAUGACGAGGAGGAUGAUACAGACUCUAGUCGCCCUCUUGUUUUCACUCCUUCACUCGAAACACCUGUUGACACACAAGCGAACACACCUCAGGAUUUUGAGAGCAUGUCACCAACUCCUGUUGAAGCUGAUGAGUAUAAACGUGACGCUCAGGUAGAGCUGGUAGUCAAGAGUCUGGAUGAAGGCCAGGCAGAAAUGGAGGAGGAAAUGGAAGAGGAAGAGGUUGAAAAAGAAAAAGAAUACGAGCAUGGGUUCCCUCUUUCUGCUACAGAGACAAUUAAGGAUGAGGCUCAGAGCAUGGAAGUAGAAAACGCUGGAGCUAGGCUAGAUCCAGAAGCGCGAGCAGUACCAUCAGUACCAAUCAGGAAAGCUGGUGAUGACAGUAGCAUGGAUAUAGAUUCUUCCACCCACUCAUCAUCAGUAUAAAAAUUAUAACAUAAUAAACAAGAACUAAACCAAAAUUAUUUAUUGCAGGCAACUCUCAUUCAGGCAGCAUUGAUACGAGCUUCCAAAGUCCUGUUGCAACGGGUACACUCGAAGAGGAUGCCACAAGUCCUAUCCAAGUCCCACCCUGACCCGAUAUUGCUGUUUUGCCCAAGGUGGGCAAAACUUUAGAGCACAUCUGUUGAAUAC